GGAAUGUCGUCAUGUUUCCAAACGGUAUUCUGCUGUUGGAAGUCUACAUCUAACAGGUUAUUCUAUCAGAACAAUAACGACUCAGAUGAGCGAGGUAUCGAAUACGAUCGGUUAAUCGAACUCCCAGAAGUCGAUGAUCGAUCUACAGGCCGUACCCCUGCACCAAAACUUGUUCUCAACGAACGUGAGAGACAUCUGAUAUCUAAUCGGCUGUACUCGGAGUACGCAGACGACCAAGAAAGAUUUAAUAGGCUGGCUGACGAGGAGUUACACAAGGACGAAGAGAGGUUGGCUAUGCAGGAGGAGGAACUUUACGCUCAAAGGACGUCGAAGAUUCGAGAAUUUUACCAGAACCGUCCUCCUUCAACGAGUCUGGGAGAGACGCAGAAUUUCGCAGAUUUUUCACAAAGGUUUAACGAACACCAAACACCCGAAAAUGAACAACCUGUGUAUGAUUCCGUUCCUACAGUGUCCUAUUCUGUCCCUAUCGUGCCCAAUUCUGUCCCUACAGUGUCCGAUAAUAAUCUUGUGUCUGAUGAUGCCCUUGUGAAAGAUGAUUAUUGUGUAAAUGUUGUGACUGAAGUUCCUGAUUCAAUUACUUUUUUACAAAACGUAGAUCACGUGACUGCACCUGUUAUAUCAGAGGAGGUCCUGUCAGUCCAACAGUCAGAUAAACUGUUACAGGACAUUGAUGAUAUCCUACUUGAUAAAAUGUCAGAAUCUUCCGAUAUCUCCCAAUUUUAUCCUGAACACUUCAGUGAUCCGGAUCCGGAUGCUCUGUCCGACAUAUCACCGGAUAUUCCGGAUAGUAACUUGGAUAUAUCUGAUAAUACAGCUGAUUAUUUUCUAACGAGCGAUAUUCUGGAUGAUUCUCCUGGUAAUUUCGUUGAAGUCCCUCCGCUAGGUACAAAUAAGGUUGUUACUUUUGAAACUGAAGAAUUAGAACAAGUCAGUACUUUCGAUCCGUUCCUGCAAUUCACUAAAAAAUCAAGCGACAAUUCAAGCGAGGAAUCUUUCGUUAAAAUUGAAUAGAUUUAAUUAAUAUUAAAGUAAGUAUAUUGACCAGGCUUGAAAAUUGCUUUUAACUUCAAAUAUGACAAUUAUUUUAAUUCCAUGUGAGUGUGAUACAUUUUUAUGGCCUGUGAGUGUGAUAAUAAUGUUUUCGACGAUGGGGGUUUUGGCUAGUUUAUAGUUCUAGUCUGGAUAGUAUUAGUAUAACAAGAUUAUUGCUUAAUUUUGCUGUUUACUAUUAGUUUUACUUUAGUACUUUGAUAGGUGUGCGUCAUGAUAGCUUUUGAGUAGUAUUUUAAAAUUAAUGAAUUAAAUCUGAAUCGAAAUCUUAAAAUGUAAAACUAUUUCAUUUAAAAUAUGUUAUGAGAUUUUCACAGAUCAUGUAAGGAACCCAAUGGCUGACAAGUUUUUAUUUCUAGCAAGGUAGGGGAAGUUUGCGAUGCUAAAGAUUUCAGUUAAUUAAAUAGUGUCGAAAUAGUUUAUGGAUCGUUCGCAUUUUACUUAAGCCAUUUUUAGGACAUCUCAGACUCCCUUACACAAGUUAUACAUAUCCAUUGCAUUAAAGCUUUAUUUAAACCCCUCUCGUUUCAUGUGAACGAUCCAAUGUGUUAAUGAACCCAAUUUCUAAUAUUCAAAAUAUGUUCAAUUUAAUGUCCUGAAAUUACUUGUGCAUACUUUACAUUUUUUUUAUAGGUUCCUGUAAUAUGAGAUCUAGUUGAAUGUUUAUGUUUCGGGUUGAUCAAUGUUUAAUUAUCAGAUAUGUUUUUCUCGUCAAUGAGUCAGCUAAGAAUAAGAAUUAUAGUUUUGCGCUGGACAUAUUUGAUAUUUUUCAUGUAAUUCGGUACGAAUAUAUAUAGUGUUUAGAAUUUUGUAAAUCCGAGAAUAUUAUUUGUCCGUCAAUGA